AUGACUGCGUUCACCACCUCAACAGCUGCUGCAUUAGUUGCCCCAAAGCAUAUUCAUCAUGAAGCAACGCAUUUACAUGAUACAUACAAAGCAGUAAAUGAUUUGCUGGAAUAUUUGUACGACUCGUACAACGGUUUUCACAGCUGCGCCGACGAUAUAAACGAUACAAUGUUGAAAUCAUUGUUCGUUCAAAUUGCUUCAACCAGACAUCAAAUGAUCUCGGAAUUAACAACAGCUGUACAACAGUUGGGUCAAGGUAAGAAGGCAAAGUAGUGUGCACAGGCUUCGUAAACGUCCCACUAUGUCUUUCUGGGUUUUCCCCUACGCUUUUAAUUUUCGAUAUUUCUACUAAAUUUACAGGUAAAAAGGUAGUUUACGUUUUAUACAAAGGUGAAGUCCGCAUAAGAACGGUAAUUGGCCCACUAACAAUAACCCCUCUAAUCAGUCACAACCUCAUUAGAAUCACAUCUGAUUAUCAUAUUCGAUGAUUUCGACCCUUCCGAACGCUCUGAGUCGAAUAUACCCGACAGAAUCUACUUGAAACCAAGCAACAGUUUAGCACCAACAGUAUGACUGUAAAAUCAACAUUUCUCAGUAACCAUACUAUAUUCAGCCUAGCGCAAUACAUCAUUCGAUGCGCCAUGAAAAGCUCUACAAUACGUGUUAAUAGGAAACUUAACGAAGCUUGAUAGCGGCCGUUAUGAAUCAAAUACUAGAUUUUUUCAUAGGUGGCCGCUAUGCUACUCGAACCGUCCUUCACUUUUCUCUAUGAAACUAAAGUUGAUCUCUAAUCAUUCAUACAUCAUUCGAUGCGCCUUGAAAAGCUCUACAAUAUGUGUUAAUUGAAAACUUAACGAUGCCUGACAGCCGCGUUUGGGAUUUUAAAUACUACGGCGCUUUAACGUAGAAUGGCUUCAAAAAUUGCUCGCCACCUUUAUUUUUGAUUUUUCUCGUAGACCGUACAAGCUAGAACAAAUUUGAAAAAAGAUUGAACAGCUGAUAGAAUUUGGAAUUUGCUGUGCUAUUUAAAUGGGUUCUAUCAUAGCUCUUUAAACCAGGGUCUCUGGAAAACCAAAAUCUCAGAAAACCAACUUAGUUCAAUCUAACAAUUCGUUGCAAAAAGUCCAUUCUGUAGAACAAACAUUCCUGAAGAAAAUGAGACGCCUCCAAGCUAUUUAUGGCACUUUUUAGCGAAUCAGCAUUCAAUGUACGGAAGGCCCUACGCUUGUUUUUUCGUGAGUUUUGCUGGUAUGGGACAGUCGGUACAUUGCAUCAACUUUAGUUUCAUAGAGAAAAGUGACAAAGAGUUGCCGUGGUAUAGCCACGACCGAUCGAAAAGUCUAGUUUUAAAUUUAUAAAACAUGCUGCCCCAUCUCGUUAAGUUUCUCAUUAACACAUAUCGUAGAGCUUUUCAAUACGCAUCGAAUGGUGUAUUGUGCUAGGCUGAAUAUAGUAUGGUUACUGAGAAAUGUUGAUUUUACAGUCAUACUGUUGGUGCUAAACUGUUGCUUAGAUUCUGUCGGGUAUAUUCGACUGAGAGCGUUCGGAAGGGUCGAAAUCAUCGAAUAUGAUAAUCAGAUGUGAUUCUAAUGAGGUUGGGACCGAUUAGAGAG